AUGGCGUCCUCAGGCUCGACUCCCCUUCCUCCAAGCCAACCCUCGUCGGUUCCUCCGCUCGCCGCGCUCGCGCUCCCGCAUCUCACCGCCGCGGGCCUCUCCCAACAGCGCUCCGAGCCGUUCCUCCGUGCCCUCAACGCCGUAGUCCAGUCCUGCGCAGCAAACGGCCUCUCAAUUCCCGCCACGUGGCAGCACGUGGCGUGUUCGCUGCUGCGGCCCGACGUGCCGUUCCCCGUGCACGAGCUGCUCUACUCGUCGGCCUUCGCCACGUGGCGCGAGCGCGCGCUCGGACCGCCCCCAGUGUGGACGCCGACGCGGGAGGAGGCGCGGCAAACCAAUUUAGGCCGCCUGCUGGGCAGCAGCGAGGGCAGGAAGCUUCUUGGAAAGGCGCCUCACGAGCCUCUGGACCUGCCGGGUAACUUCUUGCAGCUGCAGCGACUGUCGUACGGCCGGCCAGAGCUGUACUGGCCAAUCGUUCUCCGCCACCUGGGCAUCAUCUUCCGCAAACCCCCUCAGAAGAUCUUCUCCCUGCCCGAGGAUCCCAAGGAACGUUUGCAGCUGCCCGGAGGGCGCUGGUUGGUCGGGGCAGAGCUGAACAUUGCAGAGAGUUGCUUGGGCGGUUUUGGCAGAAGGGGGAGAGGGAAUGGGGGGGAGAGUGUGGGGGAAGCAAGGGGGGAGCGGGAGGGAGAGAGGGUGGCGGUGGUGUGGCGGGAUGAGUGGGAGGAGGGGGCACCUGUGCGGCACAUGACCAUUGGCGAGCUGAGGCAACAAGCAAUUGCCGUCGCCCAAUCCCUACAAGCACGCGGCGUCCGUCCAGGCGAAGCCAUAGCACUGGCGCUGCCCAUGACGGUGCAGUCAGUGGCGGCCUACCUGGGCGUGCUGCUGAUUGGUGCGGCCGUGGUGUCCAUCGCUGACAGCUUCUCUGCUCGCGAGAUUGCUGCCCGCUUGAAGAUUGCCGGGGCUACGGCGAUUGUCACACAGGACUUCAUUCCGCGUGGCGGAAAGCUGCUGCCACUCUACAGCCGGGUGGUGGAGGCGGGUGCGCCGCCCGCCAUUGUGCUGCCAGCCACUGAGGGAGCGCCACGUGUCGCGUUGAGAGAGGGCGACGUGUGGUGGAGCAGCUUUCUGGCUGAGGGGCAGCGCUCAACAGAGAGAGGCACCAGCAGCGUGCCAUGUGUCAGCAUGCCAGUGGACGCCAGCAUCAACAUUCUCUUCUCGUCCGGCACCACUGGCACCCCCAAGGCCAUCCCGUGGUCGGCCCUGGCGGCCAUCAAGGCGGCUGCAGACGCGUGGGCGCACCACGACCUCAGGGGCGUGCGACGCGGCACACAGGGGCCAGAGAGGCGCGAGGGGGCGCAUUAUGGCAGCUCACAGAAGCAGCAGCAGCAGCAACGGGGGGAAGCAGGCGACGUGGUGUGCUGGCCCACGAGUCUGGGGUGGAUGAUGGGCCCCUGGCUGCUCUUCGCGGCUCUGCUCAACGGUGCUACUGUAGCUCUCUACAACGGCUCGCCUCUCACCCACGGAUUUGCACGUUUCGUGCAGGAUGCACGUGUGACGGUGUUGGGGGUGGUGCCCAGCCUCGUGCGCUCCUGGAAGGCCUCUGGCUGCACCGACGCCUGUGAUUGGUCGCACAUACGCCUCUUCUCCUCUACGGGAGAGGCGUCUCUCCCCUCCGACUACCUGUGGCUCAUGGCACGAGCGCGCUACCAAGCACCCAUACUGGAGUACUGUGGGGGCACUGAGAUCGCCGGGGCCUUUCUCACUGGCACCUUGCUGCAGCCCCAGGCGCUCUCCUGCUUCAGCACCCCUGCCAUGGGGUGCAGAGCGGUGCUGCUGGGUGCAGAGGGGGACGGGGGUGGGGGAGUGGAUGGGGGCAGUGGUGGGGGGGCGAGAGUGGUGGAUCCUGGGGAGUGGAGGAAGGGGGGUGGUAGUGGGGCGGGUGGAAUGGAGGGCGAUGAUUGGCUGAUGGGGGAGUGCGCGCUCAUGCCUCGCAUGCUGGGAGCUUCGUGGAAGCUUCUGAACGCGGAUCACUACAGGGUGUACUUUGAAGGCAUGCCGGAGUUUCACGGCCAGCGGCUGCGGCGGCAUGGGGACGCGGUGGAGUGGGGGGUGGGGGGCUACUGGCGCGCACACGGGCGCACCGACGACACCAUGAACCUGGGCGGCGUCAAGGUAGGGUCAGUGGAGGUGGAGCGGGUGUGCAACACAGCACACCCUGCCGUGUCAGAGACUGCAGCCAUUGGCGUCGCACCACGUGGUGGCGGGCCAGAGGAGCUGGUGGUGGUGGCAGUGAUGCGAGGAGGGGGAGUGGUGGGGGAGAAGGGAGAGAGGAGUGGAGGGGUGGAUGGGGCGGAGAGGAGCGUGGUGUCGGAGGAUGAUCUGAGGAAGGUGUUUUCUGCUGCUCUCCAGGCCCAUCUGAACCCGCUCUUCAAGGUGUCAUGCUCACUCUGUAUAGAUACAUCACAUAACCACCCUUUCUCCAUCUGCCUUCCAUCCCCACAGGUGGCAGCAGUGUGGGUGGUGCCAUCGCUCCCCCGCAAUGCAUCCAACAAGGUCAUGCGCCGCGUGCUGCGAGACCUCUUCACCCGCCGCCACCUCGCCGUGCCUUCCACCACCACACCUCCCACUCGGAGGCUUGUUGGAACCACGGGCUGCGCUACCUCCCGCCUUUAG